UCAAUCAGCCUCUCCUCUUUCUAAUUAGCUUCUCGAAGGUUUCUCAUCGGAAGAGAAACAGUACGGCGAUCGGGAAAAAAUGCAUUACGGCGCGGCGGUGAACGGACGGAAACGUGGACUGAUACUUCUAAGCAGCAGAAACUUCUCCAGAUCGUUUUUAUCGUCUACUUCUCCAUUAUCUGAACAUGAAUGUUUCAUCAAGGACGUAGCAAAAGCUCAGCCUCCUAAGCAUCUGACUCAGUUGCUCAACAUAUUCACAGCUAGAGGUAAAUCCAUAGUUUCUCCUGGUGCCAAGCAAGGCUUGUUGCCUCUUACUAUACCAUUGGUGAGAAUGAGUCCGGGUUCUUCAAUUGCUCUAUUACGGUGGCCAACAGCUCCUUCUAGUAUGGAGAUGCAAGUCGUGGAGGUUCAGAAACAUGGGGUUUGGUUUUUAGCCAAUAAUGUUGAUCAGUUCAUUCACAGAAUAUUGGUGGAAGAAGAUGUUUCUAAACCCGAAGAAUCAAGUCAAGAAAUCUUCAAUGCUGCAGGCGAAGCUGGGAAGAAACUUUACAGUAGGGGUGACUUUGCCAAGUCAAAACUAUUAGAUUUGGAUGCCUAUCUAUUAAGAAAGGUACGUAUAGUGAACCUGUUAUUGUCAGACUCUUUUCGGCAUGUGGGUGAUUGUUGUACACCAGCUAGGUUGUCCGAUUUUUCCAAACCUCUAAGACCUCUAUGGUUUUGUAGACUUGGCCGUAGCUUAGAAGCGAAAGACGCAGCUCGGGGUGCUCUGACAUCUUCAUGGUGGACCUUAGGUUGCAGAUACGAGGAAAUUGCUCGAAUAGCAGAGUGGGGAGAGGAGCAAAUUGUGAAGUACAAGGAGAGAAUUACAGGAGAAGGAAGACAACGAGAUAUAGAAAGGGGAAAGCCAAUGUCUCAGGCUUUCUUAGACGAGGCUUCGUUCUUACUGAAUCUAGCGUCACUCGAAGGGACAUGGGACGAAUCACUGGAUCGGGUUGCUCAAUGUUACAAGGAAGCUGGACUUAACGACAUCGCCAAGUUUGUUCUGUACAGAGAUUGAGUAGUCUCUUUUAAAGUCCACAAUUUGUUUUUCGAGACCUGAGAUUACAUUAUAUCAAAUGAUCUUUGCAUUUGGUGUCCUACGUUGGAGAUUUACAUUAACCCUGCUAAAGAUUCAUUGGGUCAAGAUAACUGAUUGUAUCUUUUCUGAAACUAAAAGUGAAAUAAGAUAGCAUGAUCAUCUUAUUGGGUAACAAUAA